AAAGAGGAAUAGUCUGACGAUCUGAGGGCUGAAACUCCGAUGACAUCUCUGUUCACAUUAGUAAUAAAGCGGGCGGACCCUCUUUUUUCAGCAGGGAUCAAGGAUUUUGUUUUUAACAUAUUCCGACCAUCAUCAUAAUCAAAAUGGAAACAUGAAGAACUGAAAAGUGUAAUUAAGUUGCAGCGCUAUUAUUAUCCUGCACGUCGGCAGCUUCUGGACAAGGAUGAGGGAUCUUCAAGCCAUUGACAGCUUGCUCUUGAAAGAGUUAAAGUCAUGUCGUGCAAAUGAGUACAACUUUCUUCCCAGAGAGGCUGGCCUGAAGCUGAUGGAGUCGGCUUCCACAGAGAAUCACAGUGGAGUGUCUGCAAAAUGCAGAGACACCAGAGUGGAAGAACUGUGGGGCCUGACCAGUUUCUUUGGAUACAGCACACAAACAUUUGUUCAAGCUGUCAAUUUGCUUGAUAGAUUCCUCUCCAUUAUGAAGGUGCAGCCCAAACACUUGCCCUGUAUUGGAGUCUGCUGUCUUCACAUUGCAGCCAAAAUGGUCGAGGAAGAGAACAAUGUCUCACCUACGCGUGAACUCAUCCGCAUCAGCCAAAGCAAGUUCACUGUGUCAGACCUGUGUCGUAUGGAGAAGAUCAUCUCAGAGAAGCUCAGUGUGGAGCCCGAAACAGUGACAGCCUUAACCUUUCUACACCUCUACUACUCAGCCUUUACAUCCCUAUCUGCUAGAAGGGAGGAGAUCCCAAGCAUUGGGAGACUGGAAGCCCAGCUAAAAGCCUGCUUAUGCCGGCUUGUUUUCUCUAAAGCAAAACCAUCAGUGCUGGCGCUGUCCCUCAUUGCUCAAGAGUUUGAAGCACUCCAGUCCAUCACCUUGCUGAAGAUUGUACAGCAAUUCCAAAGACACCUAAAGAUCAGCGACAGCGAGUUGCUCCACUGGAAGGAACUUGUGGCCCAAUGCAUGACUGAAUACUGCUCAAGCGAAUGUAACAAACCAGACAACAAAAAGCUUGUUUGGAUUGUUUCCAGGAGAACGGCACAGAAUCUUCAGGCCAAUCAUUUCAGUGUGCCUGGCCUGCCAACUAUUCCUGAGGGGAGCUGGGACGAGAGUGAGAGUGAGGACUCCUGUGAGGACAUGAGCUGUGGAGAAGACAGCCCAUGCGGCUCGCCAGGAAGUGGCGGCGAAGGAGCCUUCUUCCCCUCCGCCUUUCUCAACCGCAAAAAGUGACGAGUCCUCGUUAUGCAGAAAGGACAGAUGUGUAUUUGUCCCCUGAUCUGAUUUAGGGUGGUCACCGUGUUUCUGAGAAAACCUGUUUCACUUGUUUUACCACUGUAUAGGUACCACAUGUGACAGGUUUCAAUCAAGUGCCUGUUGAUUCAGUUUACUGUCUGUCUCUUUAAUGUAAAAAAAACCAACAUAUCUUAUAAAUGCAAAAUGGAAAAUUGCAAUAUCUUGGCAGCUUGAUGGCAAUGCUUCUGAACAUCUUCUUCCAAGAUGUCCUCUUUGGGUUCGUUUGUGUCCGAGCCGGCACAUUCCAGGAAAAGCAGCGAAGCACAACCUAGAACUUGUGUAUGUCAGUCGUGAGGUACGCUCACUGUUGAAGUACCAGCUAACACACUAGCACAUCCUCAGUCUUUUUUUUAAAACCUGUUUUUAUACUCCGUACCAUACAUAUAGACAGUAUUCUGCAAGCGUAUGUUAUACGUAUGUACACAAUCCUAAUGUGACAUAUAGGACAUUGUAGUGUGAAAUUAUCAGACUAUAUAUGCAUGGAUACAUUGAAAUAUGUGAUUAUGAAUGGAUUUUGUCUAUGUUUACCAAAAUAAGCUUACUGUAAAAAACGUUUAAAAAAAAUGUAUAUAACAUGUAAAAAAGGAGUAAAAAAUGUUUAUGUUUUGUGAAUGCUACAUAAUGUGUGUUGUAUUUGGAAAUAAUGUGGAUUUGGGAAGGGUCAGAAUUAAUCCUUCCAAAUAAUAAAAAAAAAAUCUUUUUAUCGACCAAA